GGUCUCUCCGGUGCUGGGAAAACCACCAUCAGUUUUGCUCUGGAGGAAUACCUCGUCUCCCACGCCAUCCCUUGCUACUCCCUAGAUGGGGACAAUGUCCGUCAUGGCCUUAACAAAAACCUUGGAUUCUCUCCCGGAGACAGAGAAGAAAAUAUCCGCCGUAUCGCCGAGGUGGCCAAGCUGUUUGCCGAUGCCGGCCUGGUCUGCAUCACCAGCUUCAUUUCUCCUUUCGCGAAGGAUCGUGAGAAUGCCCGCAAAAUCCAUGAAUCGGCUGGACUGCCCUUCUUUGAAAUAUUUAUAGAUGCGCCUCUAAACAUUUGCGAGAGCCGGGAUGUAAAAGGUCUCUACAAACGAGCCCGAGCUGGAGAGAUCAAAGGAUUCACAGGCAUUGAUUCUGAUUAUGAGAAGCCCGAAACGCCCGAGCUGGUGCUGAAAACCAACUUGUCCUCCGUGAGCGACUGUGUCCAGCAGGUGGUAGAACUUCUGCAAGAGCAGAACAUUGUUCCCCAUUCUGUAAUCAAAGGCAUCCAUGAGCUCUUUGUGCCUGAAAACAAACUGAGCCAAGUCCGAGCUGAGGCUGAAGCUCUCCCUUCACUGUCAAUCACCAAGCUGGAUCUUCAGUGGGUCCAAGUUUUGAGUGAAGGCUGGGCCACUCCCCUCAAAGGUUUUAUGCGCGAGAAGGAAUACUUGCAGGUUUUGCACUUCGGCACCCUGCUGGAUGAUGGAGUGAUCAACCUGAGCAUUCCCAUUGUGCUUCCUGUCUCUGCGGACGAUAAGGUGCGGCUGGAAGGGUGCAGCGAGUUUGUCCUGACACACGGUGGAAGGAAAGUGGCUAUCUUACAAGACCCUGAAUUUUAUGAACAUAGAAAAGAGGAGCGUUGCUCCCGUGUGUGGGGGACAACGUGUGCAAAACAUCCCCAUAUCAAAAUGGUGAUGGAAAGUGGGGACUGGCUGGUUGGCGGAGACCUCCAGGUGCUGGAGAGAGUAAAGUGGAAUGAUGGGCUGGACCAGUACCGCCUGACACCUCUGGAGCUCAAACAGAAAUGUAAAGAGAUGAAUGCUGACGCGGUGUUCGCCUUCCAGCUGCGCAACCCUGUGCACAACGGGCACGCUCUGCUGAUGCAGGACACGCGCCGGCGGCUCCUGCAGAGGGGCUACAAGCACCCGGUGCUGCUGCUCCACCCCCUGGGCGGCUGGACCAAGGACGACGACGUGCCCCUGGACUGGCGGAUGAAGCAGCACGCGGCGGUGCUGGAGGAGGGGGUGCUGGACCCCAAGUCAACCAUCGUUGCUAUCUUCCCCUCUCCCAUGUUGUACGCUGGCCCCACAGAGGUUCAGUGGCACUGCAGGUCCCGGAUGAUUGCGGGGGCCAAUUUCUACAUCGUGGGCCGGGACCCUGCAGGAAUGCCCCACCCUGACACCAAGAAAGACCUGUAUGAACCCACUCACGGGGGCAAGGUCCUGAGCAUGGCCCCUGGCCUCACCUCUGUGGAAAUCAUUCCAUUCCGAGUGGCUGCCUACAACAAAGCCAAAAAAGCCAUGGACUUCUAUGACCCAAAAAGGCACAACGAGUUUGAUUUCAUCUCAGGAACCCGCAUGAGGAAGCUGGCCCGGGAAGGAGAGAACCCCCCGGAUGGCUUCAUGGCCCCCAAAGCAUGGAAAGUCCUGACAGAUUAUUACAGGUCCCUGGAGAAGAGCAACUAAAUGCCCUCAGCUCCAGUUUCUCUCUCACGUGCUACCUGAUUCCCUUUUCUGUUUGCGUAAUUAGAUGCUUUGAAUCCAAUUGUUUCUCAAUGACUGAUUUUAGUGUUUUAUAAUGAGGUAAAAAUUGUGUAUAAAAUUUAAAGCCAACUUCAAUGUAUACAAAAAAAAGUCAAACUGAAGACCAAAUCUUAGCAGGUAAAGGGAAUACUGUCGUCAUUUUAGAAUGAAAUUAAUUGCAUUGUCUACUGCAUCUGAGCAGGUAGGUCUUAGAUUUCUUAAAGCUUUGACCACAUGUCUAGUUUACUUGCCAAAAAGUAAAGCAUAUUUUCCAGCUUAACUUUCACCAACAUACACUCUCCCAGUGUCACACACCAGAAUAAAAUAAAUCAGAAAGGGCAGCUUCUUCUAUACACCUGACAAAAAAUAAAUAAAAUGCCUUACCCUGAAUGGGGUGUGGCUCACAUCAGGUUCUUCCUAAUAUUUCUCUUCAUGCUCUAUACAGCCCUACUGCCCAGUCUCCUAGAUGCUGAAGUAGGACCUGGCUAGCGAAUGUGUGAAAAUGUGAAUUUACUCUCAGAGAUCUAUACAACCUACUCCUGCCACUAAAAUGAUAUUACCUAAUAAGAGAAGUCUCAAUGCACUUCUGUGACUAAUAAAACUCCAGUUAAACGAUGUUGUCAUUAAAUAGCGUAGAGUGCUUUGAUGAAAGACUUCUACCCAGGGCCGUCUGGCAAUACUGUGGAAAGUUAGUUUUCCUCCUCUUGGCUGUAGUCAUUGUGUCCUACAAAGAGGCUGUGCCUUUAGACUGCAGCAGCUGCAGCUACAACCGAAAACCAUUCACGCCAUCAGACUGGUGAGCUGCUGGGACUGGAAGACACCGCAGAAAGCAUCGGCUCCAACCCUGUCGCCUGACAGGUGACCAAACUAAGAUGAAGCACGAGCACAUGCGUGGUGAGCUGCUGGGCAUGGCAGCGAAAACACAAAAUCGGCAUAAUUAGGAAGGACUGGUGGCACUGAACGAGCACCCAGGCCAGGUGACUCCCAGUGUGAGCUGGGUCUACACCAUGUGACACAGGAACUGGGCCUGAUUCCCCUCAAAUGUAUAUUGAAGCUCCUUGAAUGGAGGGCACUUAACAAAGCAGUCUCCUUGGAUGCUGAAAGGUCCAGUUUUUAAAACUCAGCUGAUUGCCCAGCCGGGCGUGGCUCAGCGGUUGAGCAUCGACCAGGAUCCAGGAGAUUGUGGUU